CUCGCGACGAGCUUUGGUCGACAGUUAGAAAGGAUUCCAUCAACUUGAGCAGCGUGAAUUGGCCAGCUUAAUUGCACUGUUGCUUCAAGAGCCUCCAGCAUUCACCUGCUGACGUCGACCUGGUAAACUUCGUAAUUGAUUUGCUGUUGUCAAACACCUGACCAACCCGCUUAGUUAUUCCCGGUUCAUUCCAACAUGUGGCUCGAUCGGCUGGCUGGACAAGCAACAUCGCCGUCCACCUCACAACCGGGAAGCCGCCCAUACUCCCCAGUGCCUCCACGAAGGUCAGCAACCGUGCUCGGGCCCUAUAUCACGUCUCAGCAACGCCCUGGAAUCACUCCGCGUGCAUCUUCACUGUCGCUAGCUUCGAACGAUUCCUCGACGUCCUCCCUGUUGGCAUCCCAGAAGCGAGCAAAUGGGUCUACAUUGAAGCAGUCAACCACAACAUACUCUGGCCCAGAUCCUCUAGAGGUCUUGAAUGCGCUGUUGGCUGAAGAUGGUGAAGACACAGCCCCUGGAUUUCAACCAAAUAACUCCGUCACUGCUGGUGAUCUAGAGCUGGACUUCGAUUUCGGGGGACUGUCACUACGGGAAUUGGCACUCUCCGAGGAUAUCGAAGCAGAAGGCACUGAUGUACAUAGAUCUCAGACAGUUGAAGAAUAUGAACACGACAAGACCAAAUUUGAGGACUUACACCAGUCGAUACGAACAUGCGACGAAGUAUUGAGCUCAGUUGAAACGAACCUCACGAGUUUCCGAAACGACCUCGCCACCGUGUCUGCAGACAUAGAAACCUUGCAGGCUCGGUCCACCGCUCUGAAUGUCAGGCUAGAGAACCGCAAAGCGGUUGAGAAACGACUUGCGCCGGUAGUCGACGAGAUCAGCGUAUCCCCCUUGGUCGUGUCCAAGAUCGCAGAGGGACAUAUUGAUGAAUCAUGGGUCAAGAUUCUGGCAGAAGUUGAUAAGCGAGCGACGACACAUAAGAACAACGCAGCAAUAUCACAGAAUAGUAAGGGGUUACAAGAUCUUGGCCCAUUGCUGGAAAAAUUGGUCCUCAAGGCGAUUGAGAGGAUACGUGACUUCCUCGUGUCUCAAGUCAAGGCUUUGAGAUCACCACAUAUCAAUGCACAGAUCAUCCAGCAGCAGAACUUCCUUCGCUUCAAGGAUCUAUUUUCGUUUCUGCACCGGUACCAUGCGACCCUGGCCGACGAGAUAUGUCUUGCCUACCGGAACACAAUGCGCUGGUAUUACCACAACCAGUUCACCCGGUACGAGUCAGCACUGAAGAAGAUUAAGCUACACUUGCUGGAAAGGACCGACGUUCUUGGCAAUGAAGACACAUCACGCAAAGGCACAGUGCUGUCGUCCUCCAAGAUCUCCGGGCCCCCACAUGACGCCUUCAACCUCGGCCGGCGUAUCAAUCUGCUGAAGACGAAAGACCAAGCGGCUCUUUCUUCCUACCUCGCGGAAGAAGAUCAAAGCACGCAUUACCUCGAAGUGCCCUUCCGCAACUUCAACCUAGCCCUCAUCGACAACGCGACAGCAGAAUACACUUUCCUAGCCUCUUUCUUCUCGCCUGCCCUGUCUUACUCCGCAAUCUCCCGUCAUUUUACCUACAUCUUCGAGCCGACGUUCACUCUAGGUCAGUCAUUGACCAAAUCCCUGGUUCACGAUACCUAUGAUACCCUCGGCCUCCUCCUGGUCGUUCGCCUAAACCAACACUUCCAGUUCGAGCUGCAGAGGCGCAAAGUGCCCGCCGCAGACAGCUAUGUGAACGGCACGGCCAUGCUGCUGUGGCCCCGCCUUCAAGUCAUCAUGGACUCCCAUUCCGAGUCGGUCCGGACCCUGACCCACUCGCUUCCCACGCGGCCACCUGCCAAGUUAGAACAGGCCAAGCUGUCCACCGCCCCGCACGUCGUGACGCAGCGGUUCGGCCAGCUAGUCCACGGGAUCCUGGCGCUCAGCACCGAGGCCGGGGACGAAGAGCCGGUCGUGACAAGUCUGCGUCGGCUGAGGGCAGAGAUGGAGGCGUUUCUGACGAAAUACAGCGGGGCGUUUGGGACGGAUAAGCGGAAACGCGAGAGGUUCCUUUACAACAACUACAGUCUGAUAUUAACCAUUAUCAGCGAUACGACGGGCAAGUUGGCGGAAGAAGAGCAGGAACAUUUUGAGGUACUGAAGAAGGCGUUCCAGGAGGAUGUGUCGUAGCUCCACUAGGGGAGAAAUUGUUAGACUAGAUGGUCCAGACUAUGGUGCGAAAGAGUUGUCUUGGCAUUAGAGACAUGUGAGAUCAAGCUUAAGAUUCCUAUAUGCUCCCACAACGGACCACAGAAUGGCUUGGAAACCACCAGUUAACACCGCGGAUAGAGGCAAUUGUGAAUAGACUAAAUCGAGGACCUCGUCAAGGCGAGACACUUUACCAACC